AACCCGGAUGUACGCGCCAUGUGAAAUUUCAAAAUGGACGACUCUCCACCGAUUGUAAAAUUUGUAUCACAGAAAAUUUCAAAAAUCCGAUGGAAACCAAAUCAAAAUCAGUACUCACACGAAACAGAUGUUUUCGCCACAGGAAACUGGGAUGACGAGGCUGGAAAGGUAUGUUUAUGGAAACUGCCAUCUAUGGAACAAGAGGUCAUGGACAUGGAGGCUGGAGGCUAUGAUCCAGCUGUUAGAGAGCCAAAUCUUCUCUGUGAGGUGCCACAUACAGGAGAUGUUACAGAUCUUGAGUUUAUCAGUGCAGAUCAUGUUGUGUCCUCAUCAUCUACUGGAACAGUUACACUCUACAGACAUCACACAAACUCACAGACACUUGGUGCUUCAAUGAGUUGGGAAGGUAUACACAAGGACCCAGGAGAUAAAGGAUGCCCUUGUACUUGUUUAACAACUCAGGGUGAAGAUAUGGUUGUAUCAGCAGGAGAAGAUGGUCGCAUAAAUGUUCUAAAUGUUGCAUACAGAAAACCUGUCAGAGUGAUAGAUAAAGCCAACAGUUGCACUAUAAAUGGGAUCACAUUUUUAAAGCAGUUAGAAGUGAUUUCUGUAGAUUCCAGUGGGCAGCUGAAAGUGUUUGAUCUCCGACAAGCAUCUGGUGACCCGGUCAGAACUUUUGCACUAUCUGGUGAACAGACACCUCUGCAGUGUGUAGCAAGACAUCCUACCCAAUAUCAUAUAGUUGCUACAGGGGCGUACGAUGGUGUGUUAUCUGUGUGGGACCUCAGGCAGGAAAAAUUCCCAGUCACACCUCUAGAGGCUCAUUCUGCAGCAAUUUGGGAGGUGAAGUUCCACCCGAACAAUCCUGACCAUUUGUUCACAUGUUCCGAGGACGGCUCCGUCUGGCACUGGAAUGCCUCAUCAGUAGCAUCAUUAGUCACAGGAACUGGAGCAGGCUCUGGAGGAGGUUCCCUAUUCUCACAGAAUACACCAACUGGCGGUGCUGGCAACAUGAGUAUAACCAGUCCCUGGCUCGUACUGGACUCCGGCAGACAGAAACUUGAUGUGAAAUCAAAAUUAAGCCUGACAUUGCCAUUAAAUACAAUAGACAUAGUGUCACAGAUUUUACUGUGUGGCUCGGAUGAGGAGGCGAUUUAUGCUAUGGAUAUACCUGGCAUAAGAUAGCACAGCAAACAGUUUGGUGCAGCAAAAGUUCUACAUUUGUAAUUUAUAAAAGUCAUAAUAGAAAAAUUUUAAUAGGAAAAAAUUGCACAAACAUGAGAGAGAAAAAAAUUCUGAAGAGUGCAAGCUCCAUUACAGGAUGCUUUUGAAAUUUAAGAUUAGACACGUGAUCAGUGGUGUAAUUGAUUUUUGAGUGAAAGAAAGCAGAUACAUAGUGUUAUGUGUAAUUAUUUUGUGAGUGAAAAUAGACCAAAGACCAAAACAUAUGUGGUAUGUGUCAAUAUUAAGGGAAGUUGAUAUACAAGAAAUGGCAAUGAAUUUUGUGGAUUUGGUUUGUCAGUCGCACAGAAGAACAGAUCAGGAAGGAUUGGCAGCAGUUAAUGAAUUAUUUUUAAGUAAUUUUAAAAUUAAAUUGUUUGGGAGUCUAAAAAGAAGUCAUUUCAUUCCUUAAAAAAUAUUUUUCAAUAUUGUUGUAUAUUGUUGAUGUAAAUACAAGAUUGAAUAUCAG